AUGAAAUCACUGAACUGCACCACUUCUUUAUUACUGCUGACCAUUCUAUUACUGUUGUGUGUAUGCUCAUCAUCUAUCGGAGUAGCUGCUUCCUCCACACGCUCCAACAUGUUCUAUAAAUUAAUCAAUAGUGAAAAGGAGGAGGGUAUUAGUGGUGGAUCCUACUUGUUAAAUUUCAAUGCUAGUACUCGUGUUAAUUUGUACAGCUCUCACAAUGUCUUUAAUAAUGAGACAUUUAAUUGGGAAUCCAUUAUUGAGAAUAGAGAUAGUGUCAACAAUUUUUCCCUCAAGUUGCAUAGAGGACCGUGGUAUUUGAUUUUCUCUUCAGAUGUGGAAUUUAGUGUCAAUUGCACCAUCAGUCCUGUUUUUGAGAUACCUCAAUUUAAUUCUCCGUAUCUAAUGUGUGAAAAUUGCAUGUUGAGAUUGGAUUUUUCAAAUAUAAUUAAGGGUGAUUCACAAACAUAUAUUGAUGUGAAGAAUGACUAUCCAUAUGAACCAAUUAAACUCAACAUUGGAUAUACUUUUAAUAAGCAAGAUGAUCCAAAGUUGGAAACAAAGGUAAUCUCAAGAUUUGAUACCAUUUCUCAAUAUAUUGACAUUCCACAAAGUAAAAAGAGUGAAAAGCAUGUUCCUGUCUAUUUGCAAAUUGAAUGUAAAGCAUGGGACAGUCAGUGUUUGUUGGAAUUUUCAACACAUGACCAAAAUGAGGUAAUUUCUGGAGCAAUAGUUGGUUCAGUUCUUGGAUUUAGUGGCUUGAUGGUGAUUGUUGUCAUUUCAGUUGUUGUAAUCGUGUUGGUUUUGAGAAGGAGAAUCAAAUCCAAAGAAAAUCCUGUUGUUUAG